AUGAACACAUUUUUUAAAGAGAAUUGCCUUGGUUUAGUCUGUGGAGGUAUUGUGUUUUAUCUCGGUCUUGUUCGUUAUUAUCGAUAUCAACAUAUUCAAGCCUUACGUCGUCAAUAUCCUGAUCCUCAGAGCGUGUUGGAAGAUAUAACCAUAGCAAGAGAAAUCCAUGCAGCUACAGUACAAAAAGAGUUUCCUUUUCUAACACUUCGAGGCACUGAACUGGCCUUGUUCAAGACAUUUUCAAUCCCUACCAUUUCAAAACUCUUGGUGGCUACAGGUGAAUUCAAGUCUCGAUGUGCUCGUCGAGCAGAAGAUACAGAGCUGCUGACACUGGAAAUGACCGAAGUUUUUGGUCGUAUUCAAAACCAACGGCUCAAAUGUCCUUAUACAUCUCAGGCAGAUAUCGAUCUUCAAUGGACACGCGCACAAACAGCCGUGAAACGAUUGAAUGAGAUCCAUGGUAAAUACAAGAUUCGAAACGAGGAUUUUAUCUAUACACUUUCCUUGUUUGUGUUUGAACCAAUUGCUUGGGUCAAUCAGUUUGGAUAUCGCGCGAUGGAUCCACGUGAGAUCAAUGUUUAUGCUAACCAAUCCAUUCGUUAUUCAGUCCAUAAUUGGCAAGUGGCUCAACCUACUAUUGAUCAUUUAUUGACACGUUUACCUGCGUGUAUGCGACAUGCCUUUUAUGGUUUUGUUGUCAAAUUAUUGCCUACCUUGAUUGGACAACACGAUGCUGAUGCCUUGGGACUCCCUCGAGCAUCCAGACUGUUGUCUUUUCUGUAUUCAGUCAUGAUGCAAGGAUACGCAUGGAUGGUUCGGUAUUUAAGAUUACCUCGGUCCUUUUUUAUGAUUCGAACUCCCUUUUAUGCAGAUCUACAAGGUCGAUUUAUGCCUGAAUAUCAUGCGUAUCCUAUUGUCUAUCAGGAAGGUUAUCGUAUUGUUGAAUUAGGUACCAAAAAGUAG